GGCUGACUGGGAAAUGUCAGCCGCUUGACUGGGGACGGGCUUGCCUUUCCCGGGAGCCCGCAGGCCUUCUGGUGACCGCCACCAGUGGCGUUUUGGAGAGCGCGCCCCAGCCACUGGACAGCUGUGGUGGACGCAGUUUCCCGGCCCUUCCAGACGCUGUCGCUGGCGAGAUCUGAUGUGCAAGGAACUGAAUCCAACCAAUCCCGAUGAACUUGGAAGCAGAUUCCACCCCAGUCUCCAGAUAAAAGCCCACCCAGCCUUCACCUUGAUUUCUUCCUGGGAGACCCUGAGACCUGCCCAAUGGAGCUGUGAGGAAAUAAUGUCACAGUAAUGCUGCAGCGAAUUAUAACAUUGUAGCUAACUCUACGUUCCCUUUUGUUCUUUCUUGGAUUAAGUUAUUUGAAGAGGAAUUGCUAGGACGAAGGUUUUUCAGAUAUGAUCCAGACCUGUACGUGAAUUAUUUUGGUUUGUUAGAGUGAACAUCUGAUAAUGAGUGGUGCAGCUUUGGGACUCGAGAUUGUUUUUGUCUUUUUUUUGGCAUUGUUUUUACUUCACCGAUAUGGAGACUUUAAGAAACAGCAUAGACUUGUAAUUGUUGGAACACUACUAGCUUGGUAUCUCUGCUUCCUUAUUGUCUUCAUACUGCCUCUGGAUGUUAGCACGACAAUAUAUAACCGGUGCAAGCAUGCUGCUGCAAAUUCAAGCCCCCCUGAGAAUAACAUUACAGGAGUGUAUGCAACUGCUACCCCAGCUCCAAGCCAGCACUCUUGUUUCAAACCAUGGAGUUACAUUCCUGAUGGAAUCAUGCCAAUUUUCUGGAGGGUAGUAUAUUGGACAUCACAAUUUUUAACUUGGAUUCUGUUACCUUUUAUGCAAUCAUAUGCAAGAUCAGGAGGGUUUUCCAUUACUGGAAAGAUCAAAACUGCUCUGAUUGAGAAUGCAAUCUACUAUGGCACCUAUUUGUUGAUUUUUGGAGCAUUUUUGAUUUAUGUAGCUGUGAACCCACGUUUGCACUUAGAGUGGAAUCAGCUCCAGACAAUUGGUAUAGCUGCUGCAAAUACAUGGGGCCUGUUUCUUCUUGUGCUGUUGUUGGGAUAUGGCUUAGUGGAAAUUCCUCGGUCAUACUGGAAUGGAGCAAAAAGAGGUUAUUUACUAAUGAAAACGUAUUUUAAGGCAGCCAAAUUGAUAACAGAGAAAGCAGAUGCAGAGGAGACCUUAGAAGAUGUCAUGGAGGAGGUUCGUAAAGUGAAUGAAAAUAUCAAAUAUAACCACCCACUGAGAAAAUGUGUUGAUACAAUACUUAAAAAGUGCCCUACAGAAUAUCAGGAAAAAAUGGGUAGGAACAUGGAUGACUAUGAAGAUUUUGAUGAAAAGCAUAAUACCUACCCAAGUGAAAAAAGUCUAGUAAAGCUCCAUAAACAGGUGAUUUAUGCAGUUCAGAGGCACCGUCGAACUCAAGUACAAUGGCAAGUUCUUUUGGAACAAGCAUUUUAUCUAGAAGAUGUAGCAAAAAAUGAAACUAGUGCUACUCGUCAAUUUGUCCACACCUUUCAAUCGCCAGAACCAGAAAAUAAAUUUACCCAGUAUUUUUAUAAUCCUACAGUUGAAUGGUACUGGGAAUGUCUUUUGCGACCAUGGUUCUAUAGGAUACUUGCUGUGGUGUUGUCCAUCUUCUCUGUGAUUGUUGUGUGGUCAGAGUGCACUUUCUUUAGCACUACGCCUGUCUUAUCACUCUUUGCAGUCUUUAUACAGCUGGCAGAAAAAACAUACAAUUAUAUUUAUAUCGAGAUUGCUUGCUUCCUUUCCAUCUUCUUCCUGAGUAUCUGUGUUUAUUCUACUGUGUUCAGGAUUCGUGUAUUUAACUAUUACUACUUGGCUUCACAUCACCAGACUGAUGCUUACAGCCUUCUUUUCAGUGGCAUGUUAUUUUGUCGUUUGACUCCUCCUUUAUGUCUCAAUUUUUUGGGUUUGACUCAUAUGGAUUCAUCUAUCUCUCACAAGAAUACACAACCAACUGCUUAUACUUCCAUUAUGGGUUCCAUGAAAGUUUUAUCCUUUAUUGCAGAUGGAUUCUAUAUAUAUUAUCCUAUGUUGGUGGUAAUCCUCUGUAUUGCCACUUAUUUUAGUUUGGGGACUCGAUGUUUGAAUCUACUUGGUUUCCAACAGUUCAUGGGAGAUAAUGAUAUGACAUCAGAUUUAGUUGAUGAAGGGAAAGAAUUAAUCAGACAAGAGAAGAGAAAAAGGCAAAGACAAGAAGAAGGUGAAAAUCGAAGAAGAGAAUGGAAGGAACGUUAUGGGCAUAACAGAGAAGAUUCCACUAGAAACAGAAAUGUUCAUAGUGACCCAAAAGAGUCAAACUUCUCAGACAUUAGUACCAACCGCUCAGCAUCCAAGUAUACAAGAGCUAGUAAUAGGACUGAAAGGGACCGUAUAGAACUUCUCCAAGAUGCAGAACCUUUGGAUUUUAAUGCAGAAACAUUCACUGAUGAUCCUCUUGACUCUGAAUCAGGAAGAUACCAACCUGGUGGACGAUACCUUUCAAUGUCUCGCAGCAGAAUAUUUGAGGAUGUUUAAAGUUGGAAAGAAUUUAUGAAAUAACUGACCAACAUCCAUCAUAUCAGUUCAGUGAUUAAAAACAUUUCUGUGUCCAGUGAAAAGUGUUAUGAUCACAUCUUAGUAGUAAUAGUUAGUGUUCAUUGGAAAGAGUACUAUCUUUUCUAAAAGGAUUCAUUACAUACCAUUCCUAAAGUGUCUGCCUUAGAAGUCUAGUUACAAUAGAAGGAUUUAAUUUAUGAUAAAGAUCAGUAUAUGUUGAGAACAUGUAGUUGCUUGUUUCAGAUUUUUUUUUCAGGAAAGUUGCUUUAAAGUUCUAAGGAAAGCCAUAUAGUCAUAACUGAAAAAUAUUUAGAGUUUAUUAUUUACAUUCACUAUUCGUGUUAUUUAUGAUUUAUAUUUUUGUUGUUUCUAAAGAAAAUGUUAGUAAUUCCAAAGAGAUGGAGACCUCAACUAACCAUAUUUACAAAACCCAUGUCUUAACACAAGGCUUACUUAGCAGACACAACUGAAUGUAAAAAGCGCUUUUUCAUUCUUGUAUGCAAGUUAGUUUUUGCCUGCAUAAUUAAGGUUAUUUCUCAACUGAUAGUGCUAGGACCUUUAGCAUGAAUGCUGCAAUCAGGUGAUAUAGUAUUCUUUCAGUCUUUAGUAGUAACUAGGAAUUGUUUUAUGCUGUUGGUACUGCUUUGUAAAAGAUUUUCAUUUUAGAGAGAAAUGCUGAUCUUUGCUGUGUUUAAGUGUUUAUCAUUCCAUUUAAGGCAAACCCUAAACAUUAAUAUUAAAUAGUAAAAUUUUUGUUAAUUACUGAAAGUUCCCACAAAAUUAUCUAAUUUUUAAAGGUGCUUGCUUAUGCUUUUCGAAAAAGAACCCCUAGUUAUUCAAAGGUAAAAAACUAAUCCAUUUACUGUUUCUACUAAUAUUUAAAAUUGUGGUUUAUAGAAAUCAAAUGAUAUUAGAUUGGCUAUUGUAAAAACUUGGUUAAACACGAUUAUUAUUUUAAAUUGAAUUUUUAACCUUUGUAUUUGAGCCGAAGGUGGUAUAUUCUAAAGCAUCGGUGUUUUAUUGCAUGAGGGAAUGUACUUGAGUACAACAUGCUUGUAGAGGGUUUUUUAUGUCUAUGAACUGUUUCUGACGCUUACAGAAUCCACGCUGUGGCUUCACCCAAUGCUGACUACACCAGUCUAAGUUUAACACAUUUUUCCUAUAUAAUUUUUUAAUAGCAGUUACUUUCAUUCUUAAGUAUCCCAGUUUGAAGAUGGGUUAUAGAGGGCUCCUAAACAUAUGACUAUAGAUUUCUUGAAGGUACCCUUUCUUCCAAAUUAUAAUUUAAUUUUUUUUCAUUUUUAAGUGUUACCAUGUAAAGUUUUUAAAGACACAGUUCUAUGCAGGUACUGAAAGAAUAGUGUAUCAUCCGAAUUAAUGUGAUUUUCUUUACUAUUUAUAACUAAGAUUAGAUCUCCUUUAAAAAGUUGGAUAGAUUUUACUCAUAAUCAAAGGUCCUAUAGACUGGCCAUUUGAGAGCAAACACACAAACAUGCAGUCUUUUAUUGGAAAUUAUGGUUAGGAAGCAAUAGGCCAGGAACAGAGAUAAUUACAUAUUUUUGGUAAUUUCAUGAUUGACUCUUUGAAUACCUUAGGCAAAUCUUAAUAACCUUUCAGUGCCUCAAUUUCUUCAUUUGUGAAAUGAAGACAAUGCUUCUAUUUACCUGCUGAUCUACCUCACAAAGCUAUUGUGAGGGUAUUAAGUUGAUGUUUGUAUACUGAAAAAUUUAAAAGGUGUUGGAUAGGGACAUGAUUGCUUCAGAAUGGGGUCUGGUUUCUUACUACUAUAGAGAAGUUUGCAAGUCCCCAUGCAAAAACUCUUUUGGGGGUAAUUCAUCAAAAGGCCUGUGAAAAUAGUGUUGUUUUUUUAUUUUGCCUUCAGGUUUGCUUUAGAAUACUUUCCUUAAGUAUAAUGUUUUUUCUUAUCAAGUUUCAUCAUGAAACUCAAAUGUUAUUGAUAGAAGCAGAGAAGGAAGAAAUUAUCCAAUUAAUUUUAUAAUGCCUUCAGAUAAAUUGAUAGAAAUGUGUAAGAGAAUGUACUAUUUUCUUUUGUUAUUAAUUUUUUAUGAUUAUAGUAAUUGGUGUAUAUGUAAUAAUUCACAAACAGGAUAGGUCCUGUUGUGACUUUUGAGGUAUUUCCAAAAUAAUUUUUGGUGUUUUAAGUUAUCCAAAGUAUUCAACAUUUUAGGCAGAAUAUGCCGUAUAGGAUGUUUUUAUAAAAUCAAAUAGGAAGAUUACCUCAUAAAUUUGAGUUCAGAAGUAUUGAUUUUAUACUUAUAAAUGUAGAGUUUAUUGCUGGGGAUCUGAGGUAAUAUUUGUGAAGCCACUUGUGUAAAAAAACAAUAGUAUAGCUUAGAUUUCUGUUCUGAGAUACAUUAAAAUGUAGUAUCUAUUGCAAAACACUACUACUAAAUUCAUAUACUUCACAGGCAAAUCACAUUUCUUAAAAGAGUUAAUGCUGACCAUUACUUUUUGAUGUCUUUCUUACAAAAUAAUAGAUAUCUGAUCAAAUUUUCUAAAUUAUUUUUCUAAACAUUUGUUAAAGUUAUUCAGUGAGCCAGAAAUUCAAAAAGUAGUAAUUAACAGCAAAAGUAAUAAUAAUGUUAAUUUGUGAAGCACCUGUAAGUUGCUAAUUAACUUUUCUUUCUUCAUCAGUAAUUUGUUGUUAUCUGUAGUAUAUUUUUAUAAAAAAAAUUAUGAUAAGAAAUAAGGUAUAGGGCUAAUUAUUAGAAUUUGCUCUCUCAAAAAAAAAUGAAUACAGGGCUUUGGAAUAAUUUUGUCAUUUUCAGGAAUAAAAAGAAGUAAACCAAAACCAAAAUAUUUAAGAGCUUUCCACUUAUUAAAGAAUAGAUCAGAGAAUCUGACAGUCCAGACCUUCCCCCCACCUCUAUAAAGCUGCCGAUUGAUUUGACUAGAUAAUCAGUCCUAAAACAUGGUAGUUGUGUAUCCAGAUGAAGUUAAAUAUUAGAUAGGAAAGCCAGUGUUGUUUUUCUUAAGUAUAUUUUAGUGUAUUAAUGAAGGACUUUUAUUUCUGUACAGUAAAAAAAACCUCAUUGUUUUUUCUUACCUUUGAUAGAUUUAGGGAAUGUUCUUGAUGAUGUAUUACUUACUACUUUAAAGAAAAACUGUACUCUCCAUAAUUAUAAUUUACACUGUUCACUAAUGUGAAUUUUGUACUUGUGGUUUGAGUGGACUAUGCCUGAAAAUUAAAAGGCUGUGUAUAUUUGCACUAAUAGGAAAAUAUGUCCCUGAAAAAUCUUAACUUACUUGAAUCUCCAAAGUAUAAUGAAUCAUACUGUAUUAAAUUCUAAAUGUUAAAAAGUAAAUGGAUUUAGAAUUUUAUCUUUGUUUUCUUCCUCCUUUCAUAACCUUCCUUUUCUGAGGUCUCUGUGGUGUGAUUUUCAGUGGACUUGACAGACUUUACUUCUACUUGUUUUGUGUACAAAGUUAUUUUUUAACAUCAGUACACUAAAAAGGAGCUAGAUCUCACUACUUGAAUAGCAGCAUUGCAACUGAAAUACUGAAAUCGAUUUUGGUAGAGAACUGAACAAUAUUGCAUGUAAAAGUGAUGUAUGCUGAUCUACUGUGUUGUGUUUUAAGUCGUUAAGGAGGGCAGUUCAGUUAAAUUGAGUUACUCUCAAAGUUGUUUGGCAUACAAAUAGAGUUCCAAAAGCAGUGAUUGUUAAAAGUAGAGUAUUAAAAAGAGUGAGAACACUAUUUGUGAAAUUGAAUUCACAGAUAACAUGCAUCAUGGUCAAAGUUUUCAUUAGGGAAGGUUGAAAUGAUGUUAAGGGGUUCACAGAAGAAUAUCAGUUCCUUCUGUUUGGGGUACUUCUUUUCAACUCAGUGAUUCUUUUUGCCCACAGACCUAGAAAACCAGACAGGGCUUAGUCUCUGCCCCAAAUUCUGGCAGCUCGGUGCGCUGUCUUUUCCAGCACAGCAGCACCAGGGAGCCCUGCCUCAAUCCCACUGCAACCGGAGGGAGCAUGGCCUCUCCUGGGAGCACCUUUGCUGCUCUGCCUGAUUUUCCUAAUUUCACUUUCAUCUUCAAGACUUGUCUACUGAGGCUGAUUAAAGCCUUGGUAAAAUUUUAAUUUUGUUAAAGCAAGAAUAUUGGUAUAUUCCUUUUUGCAUUACUAUAUCAAAAUCAUUUGUUUUUUUAACACGCUCUCUAGGGAAAUUAACUUUUCCUCUGAAAAUCUUUUGUGGUUACUUUUAUCUCAAAUCAUUUUAUAAAAGGAGUUACUAUAUUCUGUAAAAGAGUAGAAAGAGUGUCUUACUAUGGCAGACAUAUGUAAAGUUAUAAUUCUGUUAACCUUAAAGCACCAUGUUGACAUAAAUCUUAUCAGCCAAUCACUUGAGAGUUGCAUUUCUCAAAAGAAUGCUUGCUAGCAUCUUCCCUACUUAGUAUAUCAAGUUAUAGGGGAGAGACUGUAUUUAUUUUUUUUUUAAAUGUAAUCCAGUGGAUUUGGUUUUGUUCAUAUUUUGAAAACAAAGAAGGAUUUUUCUCAUUUUAGAAGCUAGAGAAUAUGUGGAUCUGUGUUUUAAAUUUCAGUAAUCUCAUAUAUAUUUAUAAAUUAUAGCAUUGAAAAUGAGCUCUAAUAUUGAUAUUGUUACUUUCUGGUAUUUAAUUUUUAUAAAAUGUUUUUUGUAAGUCGCUAACCGUAGUAUUGCAUUUAACCAGUUUUAAAAAUUUUCUCAAGUUCUGCCCAGAACCUAUUUUCCUUAGGGCAAUAUUCUGAAGUUCAGUAAUCCAGUGUGAAUUUGAAAUGCACCUGCAUUCUUCAGUCUCUUUAUACAUACCAGUACCCAAAGUAUACCAAAAGACUCAUUUCUGUGUUGCAUUAAUAAAGUAUUUGUUAUAAAUCAGUGGAUUCAGUGAAAUAGAAGAUAAGUCUUUUUAAAUGUGCAUCUUAUCAUAAUAUUUCAAAAUAGUAAUAAUGUACAUUUUUGGUGCAUGAUGCCAAAUUUAUCUUUAACCACUCAUUACUACCUGAUAUGUAACAACAAAUGUUACCUGACAUGUAACAACAAAUGUUUCCUGUUGGACCUGAUCAGUGGGUUGCGGAUUUAAUUAUUUUUCUCUCAGAUUCUCACUACAUUCUAAUAUCUGUAUUUGGAAAAGCUGCAAAGUGCUACCUAUAAGUGAGUUAGCGUCUUUGGCCUUACCUAUGCAUAUAAUGUUUCUCAAUUUGGUUCUGACAAACUCAUGGACUUGCAGUUGCUUUGUAGUUUUUUAACUUAUUGUGAUGUACUGAUUUUUUGAAAUGUUUAUUUGAUUAAUGUUAAAAUAUGGGAAAUGAUGUAGCUUUGCAUGAAAUAAAGUACAUUUCUACAAGUUA